AUGCGAAAAAGGUAAGCAUAAUAUUGGAUAGAUUUUUAAAUUGGGAAAUUGUUGUUUUUGUUAAAAAGUAGACUUUUUAUUUGUUCUCUUACCUAAAAUUCGAUAAACAAGGCGAAUUUGAAGGAAAUUCUGCUUUUCGGAACAUAAACACUGUUUCGUUUUUGUGGAGUUAAGCUAAGGGUUUUAUUUUUGGAAUUUUGUGAAAGAUUCUGCAUUAUAAAUUUGUGCUAAUGUUCAGCGGAGUUAAGCGAAGACGUGAGGACGACGACGGAGAUACGGUUGAUGCUUUUCCUGAAGACGAAGACAGUCGUAGCCGGUUGACUCCAGUCCCAAUUCCAAAAGGUCGAGAAAAGGAUGCUGAAUUUUCGGCUCCAAAAACUCAUAAAUUGGCGGAUUUGGACGAAGAAACUCAGCCACAACAAGUAAAAGACGAAGAUGGCCCAGCCGUUAUUGACCAAACCCACUAUAUAAUCAUACCAUCGUAUGCUUCGUGGUUUGAUUACAAUUCCAUUCAUGACAUAGAGAAGAGAGGCGUACCUGACUUCUUUCGUGGGGACAAUAAGAGCAGAACUCCUGAAGUGUAUGAAUUUAGUUUUUUUAUUAAAAUUUAAGGAGAUUUGAUGAAUAAUUCUGGAAAAAAUAGCUUUUAAUUUUUGAAAAUUAAGAAAAUAUAAAAAUUUUUUAAAAUAUAGUUUUUCAAUUUAGUUACUUGACUUAUCGCAACUUCAUGAUCGAUACGUACCGUCUUAAUCCGUUUGAAUAUUUGUCAUUUACCGCGUGCCGUCGCAACUUGUGUGGAGACAUUUGCUCCAUUGCUCGGACGCAUUCAUUCCUAGAGCAAUGGGGGUUGAUCAACUAUCAAGUCGAUGCCGAAAAUCGCCCAGCACCGGUUGGACCACCAGCUACUUCCCAUUUCAUGGUUCUUGCUGAUGCUCCAAAUGGUUUGCAGCCGGUUAAUCCAUUCCCGCAUGGGUUUCAAUUAACUGAAAAAGCAGUCAAACCCGAAAAAGACGGUCAGGAGCCUUCGGCUACAGACAAAUUUGAAGAAGUUCGUGAAGAAGGCGACGAUAGCAGUAAAUUGAAAGUUAAAGUUGAGAAGACGGCUGGCACUGGAUUUGACGCCGGUUUGAAGACAGACCAAUAUGCUAAACAGUUGGCUGCCAUGAAGUUGAAAGGCGCUGCUCCAGGUCGCGAUUGGGACGACCAAGAGACUUUAUUGUUGUUGGAGGCUUUGGAGAUGUACAAAGAUGAUUGGAAUCGUGUGUCUGAUCACGUUGGCUCAAGAACUCAAGACGAAUGUAUCCUCAGAUUGCUACAGCUUCCAAUCCAAGAUCCGUUUUUAGAAGAGGAUGGUGGAGAUGUUUUGGGACCUUUGGCUUAUCAACCAGCCCCGUUUAGUCAAGCUGGCAAUCCUGUCAUGAGCACAGUCGCUUUCUUGGCCAGCGUGGUAGAGCCAAGAGUUGCUGCGGCGGCAUGUAAGGCUGCUUUGCGUAAGUUAUUCUAUCUUUGUAUUUAUUUGUGAGAAAUUUUUUAAUUUUACUUAAAAAUCUGUUUUGUAAAAUGUGUCAAGAUAUUAACCAAUAAAAGUCGAAUUUCAGAAGAAUACUCGAAAAUGAAAGAUGAAAUCCCCCCACUAAUUAUAGAAGCCCACGCCAAGAAUGUUGACGCACAUGCUAAAGCCAACAAUGGAGAUGUAGAUCCAGAAGUUGGUCUUAAAGAGUCUGGAAUUGCUUCUGAUGAUAAAGUAAUGUUUUACAUCAAAUAGUGUAUUUUUAGGUGGAACUGAACGUAAUUGCUAUGAUUUUCUUUUUAGACAACCGAAGAUUCAAAUAAAGACGAAGAGUCAAUGGAAACCGAUGAAAAGUCAGAAGAGACUGAAGUAGUAGCAGAAACGAGAAAAGUGGUGUCAGAAAAGGUUCAGACCGCAGCAGCUUCUGCAUUGGCUGCAGCUGCAGUUAAAGCAAGACAUUUGGCCAAUUUGGAAGAAAGACGAAUGAAGAGUUUAGUCGCGCAACUGGUCGAAACCCAAAUGAAAAAAUUGGAACUUAAGUUAAAACAUUUUGACGAAGUACGUUAUUUAUAAUGUGUGUAUCAAAUUUUAGAUAAUCGUAUUUUUAAAUUUACGAAAAGGCUGAUAAUUGCCUUUAUUUCAAUUUUUUUACAGUUGGAAGCAAUUACGGACAAAGAACGAGAAUCUUUUGAAUACCAAAGACAACAACUUAUCCUGGAAAGACAAUUCUUUCAUCUCGACCAGCUAAGGUAUAUGCAACAACGGUCUAAGACAGACGCGUACCAUGCACUGAUGCAAAAAGGAGAACUGGAACCAGGAUUUGAGGUUAGAGGAUGUCCACCACAAAUGCAACCUCAGCUGGUACCAUCACAACCAACUGUAGCAGGCGGAGUAGCUCUUCCACCUCGAGGAGACUCGGGAGAUUCUAAACCAGCCGAUGUUCCAGCAUCUGAAGGCAUUUCUGCUAUACAACCACCUCAAGCUACUCCUCAACAACCGACUCCACCACAACCCGCACCAGUUGUUCCAACCGAAUCAAUUAACCAAACACAACCCCAAGUUACACCACAAUCAGCAUCUGGAGCUCCACCAUCCCAACCACCCCCUGCCCAGGCCUACGGCUAUCAGCCGCCGUACGGCGCUGCAGCACCACCAUCGGGACAAUCAUACCCACAAGGAUACCAUCAGGCACCCCCAGCUGGGCAUUAUCCUCCUCAACAGCCGCCUCCACAACAAUAUUACGGCCAAGGUGGACCACCGGGUGCUCCACGUCCAUACGCUCCACAACAACAAUAUAACCAGAGGUUUGGGCCGGGCUACGACUACAAUUAUCCACAAGGACGGCCAGCUGGCUAUCCACCAGCCCCACAACAAGGACAAUAUCAAUAUCCGCAAGGGUACCAGGGCGGUCAGGUAUGUACAUUUGCAUUUAUUUUUGGACUUUAUGUAUGGAUUUCAAGUAAAAAACAUAAGUGAAGAAAAAGUUUCGUUUUUAUGAAAUUUAUUUUCAGUAUUACCCCCAACAGGGCGGCCAACCACCCCACCCAGCAGCCCAACAACCCGGCGAAAGCCAAGAUCAAGCUCCUCCGUCACAACCAUAA